AGAUUUAUUUAACUAUCAUUGGGUUGAUAAUUAAGCUAAUUUACUCUCUUUUCAUGUGUUUACACUGAUUAACAAUUUGGUACAAAUGUAAUUGUUUUGGUUGUUACAUUUGAACAACUGAUUUAACCUUUGAUUGUGAUGAUCGUGUUACUUUUGUUGUUAACUAAUUGUUGUUUGUUGAUUAACAGUUUGUUGGUAAAUAUUUAAGGUUUGUUGGUGAAUUGAUUUGGGAAAAACUAUGUAAUCAGUUUGCUUUUCAAUUGUUAUUCAUUGGAAACAAUUUACAAUUGUAUCUUCUAAUUAGUGUAAAUAAGUGAAAACAAACAAACAAUCCGAUAAUUGGCUUGAUUAAUUAGUUGAUUUAGUUGAUUAAAGCUACUUUUUGAUUGUUGAAAAUUCAAUUGGGGAAUUGGCUAUUUACCUUUAGUGUUUAUCCAGAGACUGACCAGUUCAAUGGAAGUGACCGUAAGACUGAAAAUCGUCUUCGAGGUCAACAGAUUUGGACGAAAAUCGAGUUUACUUGGACCAAAGUUUUCGAGCUUCGCUUGACCACUUGACCAUUUCUGCUUUUUUUUACAGAAUUUUUGUUCUAUUCUCUUAUUGACAUUCGUGUCAAUCAUCGAUUUCAAUACUUAAUUCUCGAGGCAACAAUAGAUUCGUUCGUUGAGGUGAGUUAAUCAACAACAAUUAAGAGAACAGAAUCUAAUUAAUCAACUCUAAUUUCCACAAAUUAAAUUGAUUGAGAUCAACAAUGUAACCACUUUUGAUUACAAUCUAAUGUUUACACAGAUUAAUUUCCACUUGAUGUUUCCACUUAAUUGUUUCUCUUUGAAAACAAUUAGCUUUCUUAAUUGCUAUUGAAACAAUCAAAACUUAUUAAUUACUUACAAUAUGAAUUAUUGAUUGAAGUCUUAACAGUUAAAUUGUUAACCAAAUUGUUGGAUCAAUUAGAGGAAAACAAAAGCAAUUUGAAUUUGCGGCCAGAAAAUAAUCAUUUACAGUUGAUCACAACAAGAAAUAAGAAAUGAUUAAAUUAACUAUUGAUGAAUUUUGAUAAUUAUGAUCUAACUGAAUUAACUAAUGACCAUUUAGGCAGCAAUUAAGAAACCGUUAAAAUCUUUAACCCCUUAAUUGUGAUGAUCAAAAAAUCAAAUAAUCAUUAGUGUGAGAAAUCAAAUUAAUCACCUCAAUUAAAAAGCAUCCAGAGUUUAAUGAACAAUCAAUCCAUGUGAUCAUCAGUUUUUUUAUUUCUCAGCAACUCAAAGUGGUUAAAACAACAAACAGUUAAUUACCUGUUCUCCUCAUCUAAUUAGAUGUAAAUUGCUGUUAAUUUCAUACCAAAAGAAUACAAUAAAAUGGAAUCACUUCAAUUUCUCAUGGUCAGUUAAUCGCAAUGGUCAACAAUCAAAUCGAGCUCUCGAUCGUUACACUUCAUUAGCAUUCAACUUCUCUGAAUACUAAUUCUUAAUGAAGAUGAAGAUGAAGAUGAAGAUAAUAUCAAUAGGAAUAUAUUGGUUACUAUAAAUAGAAGAUAAAGAAACAAUGUCAAUGGUAAAAAACGAAACAUCUAUUGAUCAGAACGAAACGAAAAGAUACAAAAAUGAGCCAUUAGGAAGUUCGAAAUCAAUGUAAACCCGAUUAAGGAGAUUUUUUUGUAUUGCUCUUCGAGAAUUUCGAGAUUUGAAUAUGAGUAAAAGAAAUGAAAUUCUGAAGUCAUUGGAAAAUGAUUAAGUGAAAAUAACAAGGACGAAGUGACCAACCGAUUGGACAGAAAAAUGGACCAUGAAAGUUUGAAUGGAAUAAAGAAAUUGGAAAGAUUAAAAACUGAUUAGAAAGUGGAAAAAGAAAAAAUCAACUUACUAAUCUGAACAAUAAACUAUUAAUAGAAUAGAAUGAAAGUACUCUGGUCCAUGGGUAAAGUUCUGAAUUCAAGUCAUGGUAAACAAUCAAAUAAUCGAUAAUUUGUUUCUCUAAAAGGAAACCAGAAAGAGAAAGGAAAAGAUUCCAGUUAAAAGAAUCAGUUGUGUCAGAUUUUUGUUCCCUCGAAUCAAGAAGAUCGAGGAAAAUGUCCAAAAAGGAAAAACACACUAGAGAUAUUCCAAGAAGAAUGUUCAACAAGAAUAAUAAUAAUCUUGUCAUGCUCGGUUUUCCAUCGAUUCUCAAGUGAAUAUCCAAGCUUAGAGUGAGUGAAUUUCAGGGAGAAAAUAAUCUAGUAAAAGGAGUCGAAAGGAAGAAAAAAAUAACAGAGAGAUUGAGAAUUCGUUGUAAGAAAGUUUAAGUGAUUUUCUCUUUGGGUCAAAAUGAGUCUGUCUCGAGUCACUUGCCCUUUCAAUCGUUCUCAAUAUCAAAUCUUCCAUCUCUUCAUCUUUCAUCAUCAUCGAAAAUAACAAUCAUCUUAACCAUUCUGAUAAUCGACCAACGAAACACCCGAUCAACUGAACAAUCGAUUACUCCAGGGUAUUAAUUAUCUUUCGUUCAUUGCGACUUGUCAUUUAUUCUUGACAAUUUCAGAGUUUUUCAGUGAUUUCUUGAUAUUCUAAUUCUAAAUCGUCCAUGUGUUACAAAUCGAUAUAAAUCAUGAUCACAAUGAUGGAAUUUUAUUCCUCUAACUGAAUUUAGAAUUUUUUAAACUACGAACUUGUUUUCUUUUCUUUCCCUGUUCGUUGUAAGUUGAGAAAAAAAAAGACAAAAAGAAAACAAUGAGAAGUGAUCAACCUCUUCUUCCAUCCAAUCCACCGACUGGGCCUUUAAUUUCAUCAGCUGAUUUAGAUCAUCACCAAUCAACUCGUCCAUUGGUACAAUUGAGUAAACAAGAUUCCAACCCGUGGUCAACAACUUCAAACAAUUCAUCGUUUAAUAAACACUCAAACAGCGGUGGUCGAGGUGGUGACAGUUCAAAUGGUCCAGGUCAUGGUGUUGGUUAUAGUGGACAUUUUAAUCAACCUCCACCGCUUCCACCUCCAUUGUACCGAUCACGACAUCGGGAAACCGAUACGGAAACUUUAUUAACUUAUACGAAAGGUUUUCUUGUUUGUGCUUAUUUUGUUUUCAUCAUUGGUUCGGGUAUAACAAUUAAGGAGCUAUUUACAUUUCUUUUCGCCGAUUACAAUCAAGACACCGAAUGGAUCGCCGGUAUAAUCAUAGUAAUACUCAUUGGUAUCUCGGUUAUGGGUCUUUAUGGUGCUUUCAAGGAGGAUUCGUGUAUCUUAUUGGUCUAUGGGUGCAUCAUAUUGACCGUUUUCCUACUUCACAUUGCCUUACUUUUGGUUCUUAAAAACGCUUGUGUUGAUAAACGUGACAUUUGCUCUCAAAAUGUGGCCACUCCACCGGGCUUAGCACCGAUUCUAGUGGCCAUCUCUGAACUGGCCAUCGCUUUAUCAGCGUUCUUUAUGACUUUGGUCAUUGAAUCAGAGAAAAAGAAACAAUCAGUUCCAAGGUUAUAUCCAGUGGGUGAAAACUCGUGCCAAACAUUAUAAACAAUAUAACAAUUUUCGACUAAUUAUCUCUCCUCUCUUUCCACCAUAAACUAUUAUUAUAUAUAAAUAAUCAACUAAUUACCAUAGAUAAAUAUCAUCAUCAUCGUAUACAGCCAAAGAUGAAGAGUUGAUGACGACUUUUAUACUAUUCUAGGAGCUAAUGAUGAUCGAUUGAAGGGAAACUAAGGCCUCAGGCAAAGUGACACUUUCACCAAGUUUAAAUUCAUCAUUUAUCUCAACUUAUAUAAAGUAACAGAUAGAUUAAAGAUAAUAUUAACCCAAAGUUUGUCUCUAGUUGAUUAUCAUUACCUUAAGGAAUAAUAUAAAAGUCGUUGCGAACUCAAAGUCUUUGGAUGUACUAGAUUAUCAAUAGACUCCAAAUAUUAUUUGAUUUCUUUUCUAUCUCAAAUUAUUGGGUAAUCACCAAUUAACCCAAAGUUGAUUGAAUAAAUUUCCAAUUCGUCAUUGAAAAUGUUUAUCUCUCCAUGUGCUCAUCAGAAUCAUUCCAAUUCAUCGUCCAUUGACUUACAAUUGAACUUUUGACCUACCCUCAAUAUCUAGUAUUCACAGGAGAAGAUGAGAGAGAGAGAGAGAGAGAGAGAGAGAGAGAAAUAUAAUUAUAUCUUCCUCUUCCUCCUUCUAAUCAUCAUCUUCAGCUUCAUCAGAAUCAAGAGUUUAACAAGAAAAAGUUAUCGAUCCAACUGAUUCCAACUAGAUGAAUUCACCAUGAUGUUCACCAGCAUCCUCAUCUCCCUGAUGGUAAAACCAAAAGAGAGGAAGAUAGAAUUAGGAAUUUUCUUGAUUCUCCUCAUUGAUUCUGGAUUCUCGAGCCAUUUAUUAUCACGAUAUUACAUGAGUACAUUUUUUGUUUCUUUCUUUUCAUCUUUCAUCUCAUAUUAUUAGUUUUCUUCAUUUCAUUUCAUCUUCCUGAUGAUUCUGAUAUGAUUAAGGUGAUAAUCUUUAUACUUUUCCGGUUCCAUUACAACAAGAUCAUUAUUAACUGAGGAAAAUGUUUAUCUAAUCAAAAUUACCGAUAAUCACAUUGAUGAAAUACUAUUAAUAUAAACAAAACACAUUCACAUUGUCGUAUCCGCCUUAUAAUCAAUUAUCCUGAUCAAUUUAAAUCAACAAUCAACCGAAAAAUACUAAUCACAGUUAAUCAUUAGGAUUUAUACAUUUACAAUUAAAUUCAAUCCAUGAAAAUUAAACUGAUAACAUUACAGACAAUUUGAUAAACAUCUUCCGUCCUCAGUUCUUAAUCAACUUGUUAAUUACUGUUGAUUAACAAUUUAAAUCGAGAAUCAAAUCCGAUUUAACAAUCCAAAACAAACUAUAAAUCAAUAUUUAUAUAUAAAAAUUAAACACCAAUUACUGUUUUCUUUCAACAAUUAACUCAACAAUUAAAAAUCUCCAGAGAGACUCCAGUAAAUUAAGUUAACACUAUUUAAUGAAACAAUUAAAGAAAACAAUUUGUAAAUUAAUGUUGUAGUUAAGUCUGAAAACAAAUGAUUAAAACAAUUUUUUACUCUUUCAUGUAAACAGCAUUUAAUUGUAAACUAAAUUAACUCAAAUAAAUGAAACAAUCAAAGAU